AUGAAUGUAAUAGAGGAAGAAGAUGAAGAUUAUUAUAAAUCCAUUAUGAUAUCUAAAUCAACAAAAGAUGAAAAUAGUAGUAGUAGUGGUAGUAAAGAUAAAAUAACAAAAACAGAUAUAUUGUCGUUGCUAGAUUCAAUAGAGACUUUUUCAACAUCAGCACCGACACCACCAACAAAUACUACUUCUAUUGUAUCGACGUCGACGACACUUAACAAUAGUAACAAUAGUAACAAUAGCAACAACAACAACAACAACAACAAUAUAAAUAGUAGUAACAAAAAGUUGAUAGUUCCAACACUACCAUUGAGUACUCUAAAUAAGACCGAUCAUAUCAUGUUAAGCAAUAGCAAUAGUAACAAUAGCAAUAGCAGUCCAAAUAACAAUAACAAUAACAAUAGUACUGGCAACAGUAAAAGCAAUCCUACAUCGACAACAUCAACAAUAACUGCAUCAUCUUCAACAACAUCACCAGCUAUCAAUGGUUUAACAUCGACUACUAUUUUAUCGUCUUUGUCUUUGGAUCUAUCUCAAUUGGAAACACUGAAAAACAACAGUAAUGUCAAUGGAAAUAUAAGUGGUCAUAAUAGUAAUAAUAAUAGUAAUAGAAGUAAUCAUAGUAGUAGUAGUAUAUCACCUAAAACAAUAAGCAACAAUCAUCACCAUCAUAAUAGUAGUACUGCUUCUCCUAAACAAAGUAGUAGUAAUAACUCACCUAAAUCAUCGAGAACCUCACCUAAAUCACUGUCACCUAAAUCACCAAAAUCAUCGUCGUCGUCGUCGUCAAAUAAUAAUUUAUCAUCAUCAACUUCAUCUUUAUCGUCAAUGUCAUCUAUAUCAUCUUUAUCAUCGACUUCCACCUCUUCAAAUAAUCUUGCGGCAUCAUCAACAUCAACUACGACAACGACAACCUCAUUAAAGUCCUCUAAAAAACCAAAUCUCUAUGUAAACACAAGCUUUACGAAUCACGCUGUCGUAGAGCCAUAUCCACUGUCGUCAAGCGAAUUGUCACCACCAGCAUCAUCAUCAUCAUCAUCGUCCGGUGGCGGAAGUAGUCGUGGCAGCUCAAAAGGAGCCAUCAGUAACGCCAACAAGUCGAAAACACUCAAUGAGAAGACACUACGCGAGCUCAAGCGAACCAGCAGCAAUCAAAGUCACCAGUCUUUCAAUGACGAUGCCACUACAUCCGAGUCGGCUGGCGGCGGUGACUUUACACCACGAUCGAUCUCACCCACGACAUCUCCAACUUCCACACCCUCAUCACCGUUGUUUGCACCACAAUUCCCUGGCACUAUUUGGGUAUCUGGCGAGUCUCCAGCACGACGUCUACGCGUCAGAUCGGCAACCACAUCGAGCUAUCAAGACUCACUGUCAUCACGACUGUUCUCACCACAAAUUACACCUAGCAUACUGGCGCCACCACUUACCGACAGAUCCAGUCGCGAUUCAUCACUCUCUGAUAGAGAGAACAGCAGAUCUUCAAAGGACAGUUCAUUCGGAUCCUCUUACAACACUGGAAGUGUGACACACAGAGACUACAGUGGCGGCAGCAGCAGCGGCAACAACAGCAACUCGUACAACAAUGGAAAGAACAAAAAGCUGCUGAUUGCAAAGUUUCUCUCGAAAUCAAACAGCUCCACCAACGUACCGAGUAUCACCAGUUUGAACAGCGCCACUUCUACUCCUCUCAAUAGUAGUAGUCCCGGUGGAAUUGGUGGUGCCAGCGGUGGUGUCCACAAGUACAGCUUCGAAUCCAACUAUAUCCUGCCGGCGUCUAGCAAGGAGUCACUGACAGCACUCAUGAAAGACAAGAUUGGAUUCGAACUGUUUAAAGCGUUCUGUGAGCGUGAGCACUCACUCUCGAAUCUCUUGUUCCUAGAGGAAGUGGAACUGUUCCAACUGGGUACAUCAAACGAUUCAUCUGUCAUAAUAGAUGAAUCCAAUAAAAUCAUUUCUCGAUUCUUACAGCCAGCUGCUGAUGAGGAAUUAGCAGUCGAUUCUGGUGAAGUAAAUCAGAUUCAAACAUGUAUAAAGCAAUAUCAACAACAACAUCAUAAUAAUAAUAAUCAUAAUAGUCAAACCAAUAGUAAUACUACUAAUGGUAAUACAACACCCGAUGGAACAACAACAACAACAACCUUUGUUCCACCCUCACCAACAUCACCUUUGGGUUUUAUCUGUUUGGAGCAACCUUUGCAACGACAGUUAGACCGGUCUCUCUUUGAUAAAGUAUAUCGUAUGAUCAAAGAAGACGUUUCUUUGGAUUCGUUCAAGCGAUUCUGUCAUAUGUACCAACCAACCAUCUCCAAUUCCGGACCUGUCCAAACACCAACGAUGACAUCGGCAGCACUCGCCGUACCCAUUUCAAGUAAUAGCUGGAGUGGUAUCGGUACAUCGCCAAUGCAUUCGCCAUCCUCUACACCAUCACCUUCAUCAUCACCACCUUUUGACAUAUCAUCAUCAUCACAUCCAAUACCCUUUCCAAACAACUCACCGGCAUCACCACGUCUCCCACUAUCACCGCAAACUCCACACUCGCCACACUCUAGUGUUUCACCAUUUGGUGACCACAGCAGUGCCAGUCGUCCAAAUGCACUUCCAAAUCUCUCUGGUCAUCACAACAGUAGUAGCAGUAGUAGUAGUGGCAGCAGCAGUAAAGAUCAACCGACAAAUCAUCACCAUAGUCACCUUACUGGAGUGACAUCACCUCCUCUCUCACCAAGAAUUUCAAUGAUUAAACCACAUUUCCUCAAGGAAACAAGAGCAUCUUCACUAUCGUCAGCAUCUUCUCCUCUGUCGAUGUCAACCGGUGUCGAUGAAAGCAUAGUCCUCAAACAACAAUUCACCGCCACAAACAAUAACAACAACAAUAACAUCAACAACAAUAAUAACAAUAACAAUAACAACAACCACAACCACAAUAAUGAAGAUGUUCCAUAUGGUUUGGCAUUUGGUUACAAACGUGGUAGCUGCAAAGCACCUUGUGAUUGUGUAGCUUAUAAACCCGAGGGUGAUAAUGGUGGUGCCUGUCUUAACUGUGGACACUAUCCAGCGAUGCACGCAAAUCUUGGCAUGAUCGGCAACACGACACCACCUGCUAACGGAAUUUCCAACGAUAUCUUUGGCAGUGGAGCAGCAACUGCCGACAGUGAUUCCAAGAACAAAACAGACUCUAUUGUCUAUCUCCAAAAGAUCAUUUCCGGAAAUCUAUCGAAUUCAACAUCAAUCGAAAACAGCCCAACAGGAGAUUCACUACUACAGAACAACAGCAAUAACAAUAAUAAUAAUAAUAAUAAUAACAACAACCAUUCUUUUGAUAUCGAUAUGGAAUCGCUGAAUAACAAUAACAACAAUACCGGUGGUGAUCAAGAAAACCUCAACAACCAUCAUGAGAAUAGCAACAAUGAACCAGUUGAGCAACCAGAGUCACCCGUUUCCAAUCCGCAAACAGCCAACUAUCUACAGGACUUGGAUCGUAAAUUCCUUACCAAUUUCAAUAAUUGGACGAUCGAUGGUGAUGAGAUUGUAUUCUCCAAUAAACUCGGUGAAGGUACAUCGGCAAAGGUGUACAUGGCCACCUGGAGAAAUCAAGAGGUUGCCGUCAAGAUCUUGAAGAGCACACCAGAGCAUCAAAAACUCUUGGACUUUUUGAAGGAGCUCGAGAUUAUGAGUUCUCUGCGUUCGCCACACGUUGUCUAUUUCUACGGUAUGGUCGUCCAACCAAAGAUCUGUAUGAUCAUGGAGUACUGUUCCAAUCAGACCCUCUACAAUCUGAUGCACACCACCAUGGAUUUCACGUGGGACUGGGUAUUGAAGUUUGCCAUUGAGAUGGUCAAAGGUGUCAAGUGUCUGCACAACUGGAAGCCUGUCAUUGUCCACCGUGACUUGAAGUCACUGAACUUACUGGUAUCCGAUAACUGGACCAUCAAAGUAGCCGACUUUGGUCUGAGUAGAUUCGCCACUGGCAAAUCACAGUCUUCAUUAAGAAAAACACGUGGUACCUACGCUUAUUGUGCACCGGAAGUAUAUAUGGGAGAGUUCACUGAAAAAGGAGAUAUCUUUUCAAUUGCAAUUAUUUUGUGGGAAUUGGUUGUUAGAUGUAUGAAAGCAAAAUAUGAGAGACCUUACUCUGAAUUUAAACAUAUUCAAUAUGAUUUCCAAAUUCUAAUUCAAACGUCCAAACAUAAUUUAAGACCUACCAUUCCAGCAAACUGUCCAGAAGGCAUUGUAAAUUUAAUCAAUGCAUGUUGGGAUUUCGAUCCAGAGAAACGUCCUGCUUGUCCAGAGAUAUUGGAAACACUUCAGAAUCUAGAACGUACUUAUCAGGACAACAAAAAGAAAUGGGAUAAAGUUAGAGAGAAAUUAAAGAGAACCUAA